GGAGCCGUAAGCUUCAGCUGGCAAUAAUAAUAAUAUAGCUUCUCUCCCACAAAUGACCGUUGAGGAAUAAUUUAUUCAAAACCCCCCCACACCAAAUCCAAAACCCUAUUCACUUUCCAUCACCACCGAUCUCAACCCUUCCCUUCUCUCAGAAAACCCCCCUCUUGUAUUCUAGAGAGAGGAGAGAGAGAGGCCUUUUUCUUAAAACCCUAAAUCGCAAGAAGCUCAAUUUUUUCAACAACUAAAAAAAAAGAAAUGGAUACAGCUCAGAGAAGAAAGAGCGGCGGAAUAAAUCUGCCGGCGUCGAUGUCGGAGACCUCUUUACGGCUGGAAACAUUGUCCUCCCCUUCUCCGAUGAAGCUGCUGUCAUCGCCGCUGAAAUCGAUGUCCCCAAGGACUAUAUCGAACUUAUCGGCAUCCUCGUCGCCGUCGAAAUCUGUUUCUAGCUGCAGCGACAGAUUCAUACCCUGCAGAUCUUCGUCGAGGCUGCAUACAUUUGGCCUAAUCGAGAAGGCGUCUCCGGUGAAGGAAGGAGGAGGAAGUGAUGCCUACUCCAGGUUGUUGAAAACCGAGCUUUUUGGUACUGAUUUCGGCUUUUCUGAUUUUCCUGCAGGUAGCUUUAAUGGAGGUUCGCCGAUGAGUCCGAGCAAAAAUAUGCUGAGGUUCAAGACCGAGCAACAUUUAUCAGGCCCCAAUUCGCCGUUUUCUCCUUCGAUUUUGGGGCAGGAUAGCGGCGGCGGCCUCUCCGGUGAGGUAUCCACUACCCCACCCAAGCCGCCAAGGAAAGUUCCCAAAACCCCCCACAAGGUACUGGAUGCACCGGCACUUCAAGAUGACUUCUAUCUAAACCUAGUUGACUGGUCUUCUCAGAAUGUCCUUGCGGUUGGGUUGGGAACUUGCGUUUAUCUAUGGAGUGCUUCAAAUAGUAAAGUAACAAAAUUGUGUGAUCUGGGACCUAAUGACAGCGUGUGCUCGGUCCAAUGGACUAGAGAAGGGUCAUACAUAUCAGUCGGCACAAAUCUUGGUCAAGUUCAGGUUUGGGACGGAACGCAAUGUAAACGUGUUAGGACAAUGUCGGGACAUCAAACGAGAACUGGAGUGCUGGCAUGGAGUUCACGCAUAUUGUCCUCUGGUAGCAGAGACAGAAACAUACUUAAUCACGAUCUUCGUGUUCCAAGUGAUUAUAUCAGCAAGCUUAUUGGACACAAAUCAGAGGUAUGUGGGCUCAAGUGGUCUCAUGAUGACCGAGAACUUGCAUCUGGUGGCAAUGACAAUCAGCUAUUAGUGUGGAAUCAGCAUGCGCAGCAGCCAAUAUUAAAACUAACGGAGCAUACAGCGGCUGUAAAAGCAAUAGCAUGGUCACCUCACCAAAACGGUCUUCUUGCUUCUGGUGGAGGAACUGCCGAUCGAUGCAUUCGCUUCUGGAAUACUUCCAGCGGGAAUCAAUUAAACAGCAUCGACACUGGAAGCCAGGUGUGCAAUCUGGUGUGGAGUAAAAAUGUGAACGAAAUAGUGAGCACGCAUGGAUACUCGCAGAAUCAAAUCAUGGUGUGGAAGUAUCCGUCUAUGUCCAAGGUAGCAACUCUGACUGGACAUAGUAUGAGGGUGCUCUACUUGGCAAUGUCUCCUGAUGGUCAGACAAUAGUGACUGGAGCAGGUGAUGAGACACUCAGAUUUUGGAACAUUUUUCCAUCAGCCAAAACGCCCGCGCCGGUUAAGGACAUUGGCCUCUGGUCUUUAGGCAGAACCCAAAUUCGAUGAUGUUAUGCUGUGCUUGUAAACAUUCCUGUAAAUUGAGUCGCUACGAUGUCUAAAAAAGGAACUACAACAACCCCCAAGUGUGAACUCGAUGAGGAUCAUAAUUUUUUUUUUUUUUUUUUUAGUUACAUAUUUUUUAUUUUAAUUGUAAAGUGAGGAUUUUCGUCUUUCCCCCCGACUUGUGCGGAAUAUGUAAGUAGCCUUCAAGAAAUUUAUACCUUUCAGAGUACAAAAAAAUUAUCUAAUUAAAUACAGCAUCAUCCCCCUCAGUAGGUCAAGGAAAAAUAAAUACUUAUUUUGCUGUAA